AUGUCUUUAUCUUCAAUUUGUGAUUUCAUUUGGUUGCUUUCGAAUAGCUCGUCAACAGUUUCUCUAAUCCCAGAUUAUGAGGAAAAAAACGCUAACGCAACAACAGCAAGACUCAAUUUUCCCGAAUUUCAUGAUAAUUUUAAUUUCACCAAAGAUUGGCCGCAUAACAACGCAACGGAAAAAGAACCGACCGAGAUAAAUGAGAUUUGUUGGUCUCUGAAUUUGCCUUCAAGCGUUGAAAUCACUCUUAUGUCUUAA